CAUAACAAAUUACUAAUCUGUGCAAGUUGGAUCCAAUCUUCAAACAUAAUAAAUGCAAUCUCGGAAGCAUCAGGGGAUCGUUAUACCAUUACUGUUGACUAUCCUAAUUUAGAGAUCAAGAUGAGCACAGAUUCUUCUGUAACCUCAAUCAGUAGGAGGCUGGAUGGUAAGGUGGCUUUGAUAACAGGUGGAGCUAGCGGAAUUGGGGAGAGCAGUGCAAGGCUAUUUGUCAAACAAGGAGCUAAGGUUGUCAUUGCAGAUAUCCAGGAUGAGCUUGGCCAGUCUCUCUGCAAAGAGCUUGGCUCAGAAGAAAUCAUCUCCUAUAUUCAUUGUGAUGUAACAAAUGAUUCCCAUGUACAAAACGCAGUGGACUUGGCUGUAUCCAAAUAUGGAAAGCUCGAUAUUAUGUUUAGCAAUGCUGGAAUUGCAGGAAAAUUAGAUCCUAGAAUUUUGGCUACGGAAAACGAAGAUUUUAAAAGAGUUUUUGAUGUCAACGUCUUUGGUGCAUUCUUGGCAGCCAAACACGCUGCCAAGGUCAUGAUUCCUGCUAAGAAAGGUAAUAUAAUUUUUACUGCAAGUGUUGUUUCAGUAACUUGUUUGGGGGCUGCACAUCCAUAUGUUGUAUCAAAGCAUGCUUUGGUUGGUCUGGCUAAGAACUUGUCUGUGGAGUUGGGUGAAUAUGGGAUAAGAGUUAAUUGUAUUUCUCCAUUUUUGGUAAUAACCCCUCAAGUAAAGAGAACAAUGGAAUUGCCAGAGAAGACUAUUGAAGAGGUAACUUAUGCAGCGGCGAACUUGAAAGAGGCUAUAUUGAAACAAGAAGAUAUAGCAGAGGCAGCUGUUUAUUUAGGAAGUGAGGAGUCGAAGUACAUUAGUGGGAUCAAUUUAGUAGUUGAUGGAGGUUUUAGUCUUACUAAUCCCUCAUUUGCUAUGGCAAUGAAAAACCUCUUCUCUUGAGUUACUUGUGCUUAAUAACCUAAUCUUUUUAAUGUUGAGUUAUUGUUAUUGUGCAAAAUAAAGUUUACUUGUCAGAUAACAAGUUUUAUUUUCAUUGUCUAUGAAGAAAUUGCACUCUAAAAAAGGAAGCUUUCUUGUUAUGCAAUAUGGAAAAACUUGUGUUGGUGCAUUA